AUGGGAAGCAACAGGAGUGGAAGUUGCAAGGGAAAGAUAGAGGGGCACUUGGGCAUAGACUUGAAGAAAUGCAUACCUUCAAGUGUACAAUCUUGGGGACCCUCCAACGAACUGACGAGCGACUUCAACGACGUUUGUGAGAGUCGCAUGCCAAGGAGGACCGGGUGUGGCAAGGGGCCCUCAAGGAGCAGACUCGACACCAGCAGCCUCAAGGAGCAGACCCGACACCAGCAGCCUCAAGGAGCAGACCCGACACCAGCAGCCUCAAGGAGCAGACCCGACACCAGCAGCCUCAAGGAGCAGACCCGACACCAGCAGCCUCAAGGAGCAGACCCGACACCAGCAUCCUCAAGGAGCAGACCCGACACCAGCAGCCUCAAGGAGCAGACUCGACACCAGCAGCCUCAAGGAGCAGACUCGACACCAGCAGCCUCAAGGAGCAGACUCGACACCAGCAGCCUCAAGGAGCAGACUCGACACCAGCAGCCUCAAGGAGCAGACUCGACACCAGCAGCCUCAAGGAGCAGACUCGACACCAGCAGCCUCAAGGAGCAGACUCGACACCAGCAGCCUCAAGGAGCAGACCCGACACCAGCAGCCUCAAGGAGCAGACCAACAUCAGCAGCCUCAAGGAGCAGACCCGACACCGGCAUCCUCAAGGGGCAGACUCGACACCAGCAGCCUCAAGGAGCAGACUCGACACCAGCAGCCUCAAGGAGCAGACUCGACACCAGCAGCCUCAAGGAGCAGACUCGACACCAGCAGCCUCAAGGAGCAGACUCGACACCAGCAGCCUCAAGGAGCAGACUCGACACCAGCAGCCUCAAGGAGCAGACUCGACACCAGCAGCCUCAAGGAGCAGACUCGACACCAGCAGCCUCAAGGAGCAGACUCGACACCAGCAGCCUCAAGGAGCAGACUCGACACCAGCAGACUCGACACCAGCAGCCUCAAGGAGCAGACUCGACACCAGCAGCCUCAAGGAGCAGACUCGACACCAGCAGCCUCGACACCAGCAGACUCGACACCAGCAGCCUCAAGGAGCAGACUCGACACCAGCAGCCUCAAGGAGCAGACUCGACACCAGCAACCAUAGCAUCAAUGCAUCACUGUUGUGUUAAGGAGUCCCCAGCCCCGGUUGAACAACGUUACACAGACAGCCUCCCGGCCGCCCACAGAGCCUCCCGGCCGCCCACAGAGCCUCCCGGCCGUCCACAGAGCCUCCCGGCCGCCCACAGAGGCUCCCGGCCGCCCACAGAGGCUCCCGGCCGCCCACAGAGGCUCCCGGCCGCCCACAGAGCCUCCCAGCCGCCCACAGAGCCUCCCAGCCGCCCACAGAGCCUCCCAGCCGCCCACAGAGCCUCCCAGCCGCCCACAGAGCCUCCCGGACGCUCGACAAUUGGAAUAUAG